AUGCGCUGGAAUUUCUCCAUCACAGCAAGAUUAUCCUCAAUCUUGCCAUCCAUUUUCGUUUACGCGGCUACCACCUGCGUCACACGCCAGGCUUACGAACUUCAACCACAUCAGGUCAAGUUGUAUUCAUUUUCGUGCAAGCAUCAAGCACGAAAGGACAUCCCUCUCCUCACACUGCACACAAGUAUAGGCAUACAACUCGGCCCGACCUCACACACACUCGCUCCACAAGUCUCCACGGAUAACUACAGAACGUGGGUAGCAGCCAUAAUGCAGAGAAGACACGUCCCGCGUCCGGAUUUUACUCGGGGAACUCUCAACAUGUGUCCUCAAACGAUA